CGCUGUGCGUGUCGACGCGAUUCGGCAAUUGACAAACACGAGCGGGUGUAACUGGUAUUAGCUGAAGGUACUCACCAACUAAAUAUCUUUGUACUUGUACCGAAGAUGACAGUCACGGACUUCGGAAGUGGAAGCUUGCCGCGUACAGAUGCUUUUGUCGAGCUUUCUCUGCUUGAUGGUGGAAGCUUCAUUGGCGACCUUAGCAGGUUGCAUGCUGGCGAGAGUGGCGGAUUUCGCAUGUAUAACUGGGCUUUUUACAUCUCACAUCGAGGAAGACACAUCAUCUGGGAUCUUGGAUUGGACGAGGAUCGGAGUUGCUAUACACCCUGGGUCAACCAAUUCAUGCUUGAUCAAGUGAACCACGUCGGGCCACGAAGAACUAUAGUUCAGCAGUUGUCUGAAAGAGGAGUCUUGGCAAACCAAAUCGAUACUGUGUUGUUCAGUCACGCACACUGGGAUCACUCACGACCUAUCAGCGACGUGUUUCCGAACGCAACGGCCUACUUCGGACCGGGAACAAGGUCUGCUUGCUCGCCCGGACACCUAGAGGAGCCUAACGCGCAAUGGGACGGCCGUUUCUUCGAUCCGAAUCAUGCGACGGAAAGAUGGGAAGAGGUUGCGGGGACCUGGGCGAAGUUCGGUCCAUUCAACGUAGCGAUGGACUACUUCGGUGAUGGUAGCUUCUGGGUCAUUCAGUCGCCUGGACACAUGCCAGGAAACCUGUCGGCUGCUGCAAGGUUGCGAGACGGUAGCUGGGUACUGCUCGGAUCUGAUUGCUGCCAUUCUAGGGAGUUACUUGACGGAAAGAAGGAGAUUGCGCAAUUUGGUGAGAACAUGUCUCUUCACACUGAUCUCAAUGCCGCAAAGGACACAAUCGCGAAAAUACGAACCUUAGAAAGGGGUUGCGGUCUCCACGUGGCACUCGCGCACGAUGCAAGCUGGUUGAAGCAAGGUAGUGAUAGCGUACUAAUGUCGUUAUUGGAUGACUAUAUGAAGGCGGCGGUUAAGGAGGGACGGAUAGCUAGGGAUGAGAUACCAUAA